AUGCCAGUUAUCAAAGUGACUUACCAGUCGACCGUACGCCGUUUCUCUAUUGCUGAAACAACUACUUGGGCUGAACUUGAAUCUAACCUUCGCACUUUAUUUUGCUUACCCCCCACCUUAUCUUUUUCUCUUUCAUAUACUGACGAAGACG